AUGUCCCUCCCAAUCGCGGCGGUAUGCGGUGCUGUUCUGCGGAGUGGCAUAUUUAAUGCUACUUUCGCGGUAGAAGAUUUUGACCAAUGGUCCUGGUCCAAGGAAAUUGCGCCCUGGCAGUGGUACAUUCACGGUACUGGAUCCACCGAUCAACACCUUGCGCUCUCCUCUCAUUUUGAGAAUCCAGCAGAUACCAGCGAUGCUCAAGGGACCCGAAUCACCAUUGACGGGACGUCCUUGUGA